GACCUUUCAACACCUUUUACAAGCAUCAAGCGCAGGUUAGGUAGUCCAGGGCCAGGCCAGGCCGCAUGUUUUAUCAAACAGCACUCAACGGUGGACAUCCCAGCGGCAAUGCUCUUGACUGAGCAGCAAUGUCAGAUAUGGCAGAUGGUGGCCCCAAGUUCAACUGCCAGUUUUGUGGCUUUGAAGGACCUUUCAACACCUUUUACAAGCAUCUUGUCCAAUUUCACCGCCAUGUUGCUGUUAAUCUUCCCUGUGGUGUCCCCGGUUGUGACCGUGUGUUCAGUUCAGAGAGUGCUCUACGUACCCACAUUCGAUGCUUCCAUGCAAUCUCUGUGGCUAAGCCUCUUGACGAUUCAUCAGUUCCUCCAAAUGCAGACGGCAAGUUUAUCUGUACUGUUCCACACUGUCAGAAACAAGUUGACAGCACGGCUGAGCUAAUGAGCCAUAUCAAGUUGCAUUUGUCUGCUGGGUUUAAAGUGAAGUGUCCGUUUCCCAAGUGCACCAAGAAGUAUUCUGUUCUGAGUUCAUUCACAGGGCACGUAACUCGUACUCAUAAGAAUCAAAAGACACUUGUUCCAUCUUGUGUUCCGUCUAGUCUACCCCAAGAGGAAAAUGACUUUUUGUACGAGGAUUCACAUGUUGACAAUGAAGAUCUUUAUCUUACUACGCAUGAGGCAAAUUUUAAGAAUGACAAACAGCUUUGGCUGGACUCAUUUGCUCAGUUUUACAUGCGCUUGGAGUAUGAACACUUGAUACCUCAGGAAACUGUCCAAAAUAUCUGCGAAGAAAUGAAGAUGGUUCAUGAUGUUAAUUUGGACUUUAUAUCCAUGCGCUUGAAGUCCCGUCUUUCCUCUGAAGGCCUGGCAGCUGAGAAGGUGGAUGAAAUAUUGAAGGAUUGUCUACCUUCUCAAUCAAGCAAACCGCUGUCUACAUCAUAUUUAAGGAGGCAGUACUACAUCAACAAUUUUCUCUAUGUUGCUCCUGUUCCAGUCAAGCUUCCGCCACCAAAGAAGUAUCCUCACCUUAAACGGUAUUUCUACUAUGUUCCAUUGAAAGAAACUUUACAAGCCUGUUUCAAAAGUAAGUCUAUGAAGAUCAACCUGGAACAUGAGCCAAGUUAUGACGAUGUCAUUCGAGAUUUUACUGACGGUACUCUGUUCAAGGAGAAUGAAUUUUUCAAAGAUAAUCCUAAAGCAUUACGCCUGAUCCUCUUUCAGGAUGCGUUUGAGGUAGUGUGUGCUAUAGGCUACGCAAAGAAAAAGUAUAAAAUUCUUGGCAUUUAUGUAGCCAUUGGCAAUUUACCAGACUAUUUGAGAAGCCGUGUGAAAUCCUUCCAGCUUGUUGCCUUAUGUAAAGAUAGAGAACUCGACCACACUGCUGUCUUUGGGAAAAUUGUUAAAGAUUUGAAAGACUUGGAGACUAAUGGAAUUAAUGUACCCGGUGUUGGAAUAGUGAAAGCAGGACUUGCAUUUAUUGCUGGAGAUAACCUUGGAAGCCACGCUGUUGGUGGAUUUUAUCAGAAUUUCAGCAAAUCUCGUUUCUUCUGCAGAUUUUGUCAAGUGGAUCGAAACAUAUUCACCACUCACAAUGGCCCCUUCAGGACAUAUGAGCUCAGAACCCCUGCAAAUUAUGCUGAAUGUCUGAAAGGAAAGAAGAUCACCACUAAAAAAGGUGUCAAGUUCAAUAGCGAGUUCAAUAAGUUGUCGUCCUUUCAUGUCUGUAAGCCAGGUCUUGCACCAUGCUUGGCUCAUGAUGCAUUUGAGGGUUUUAUCAAGUAUGAUGCGAUGCUGUUCAUUAAGCAUUUUGUUGCCCGUGGAUGGUUUACUAUUGAAGAGCUGAAUGCUAAAAUUGACUCAUUUCCUUACUCUGAAAUCCAUCGAAGAGAUAAACCCCAGCCAAUUCAAGAGGAUUCUGACAAACUCAAAGGGAAAGCUUGGUGUAUCUGCAAUUUUAUUUUACUCUUCCCACUCAUUGCUGAAGAAUUCAUUAAGGAUGUGGAUGAUCCAGUGUGGAAGUGUUUUCUCAUUCUCAUAGAAACUGUGGAACUUUUAUGUUCUCCUGAAUUUCAUAUAUCAUUCGUUCCUUAUAUUAGGGAUCUUUUCUAUGAGUACAUUGCUCUUCGCAUGCAGUGCUUUCCACAUGUUCCUCUGCGACCAAAGCACCACUACAGUCUUCACAAUUACCUAUAUCUACUUAUCUUUGGACCAAUGCUGAAGUCUUGGACACUUCGUUUUGAAUCAAAGCACUCCUUUUUUUGUCGUGCCGCCAAAGCCUGCAAGCAAUUCAAGAACAUUUUGUUUUCGCUUGCUGUGCGACAUGAAUUACAUCAAGCAUAUGUUCGUACUGGCUCAGCAAAGUUUGCUGUGUUACAGUUUAAGAAGACAAGAGAAUAUUUGUGUGAAUCUUAUUCAACUGAAAUUCAGAAUGCUAUUAGAGCUGCAGGUCUUGAUUUUGCUCUAAAUGUUUGUAUGAAAGUCAUUUUCAAAGGCACCAAAUUUUGUAAGGGUCAAAUGAUUGCAUUGGAGCAAUCAUGUUACCAGGUUGACCUUGUAUUUGGAAGAAUCAAUUUUAUUCUAUUGACUCCUGAUGAGAAACUGUUCUUCCUAGUGGAGGUGUACAAAUCUCAGUUCAAGCCUCACAUCAGAGCAUACAGUCUGUUAUUCAACACUGAUCCUCAGUACAAAUGUGUCAGUUAUGAUAGCUUGCUCUCCUAUUACCCUUUGCAUAACUAUGUUGUUCAUGGACAAAGUUAUGUCAAAUUGAAGCAUGCUCUGGUCAGUAAAUCCAAUAACUUUGCUUCAUGAACUUUUCUGUUUGUAAUAGGUGUACUGGCCUGAAAUGUU